GCAAGCUGCUGGACAUAAUGAUUUCGUCAUGUCGCUCGUUCUAUGCUCUCUAGUUUCUGAUGGAUCAACCGUGAUAAGCCAUUCCCCAACAACGUAACAUAGAAGAAGAAGAAGAAGAAGAAGAAGAAGAAGAAGAAGAAGAAGAUAGUUGCUGGCAUUGGGCGGCAUUGGAAAGCAAAGCAAUAGAGAAGAAGAUCGAGAUUGGAGUAUGUUGAGGCUGCACAAGAUAAAGUCGGAGAGGUUAUGUUUAGGGGAGCGGAUCGACUUCAACAUCUCCCAUUUCAAAGCUCUCCAGGUGCCAAGAGGAUGGGACAAGCUCUACGUGACGGUGAUAUCGGUGGAAACUGGGAAGACGAUCGCGAGGCUGAGCAAAGCCGUGGUUAACAAUAACAAUGGGAGCUGCCAAUGGAAGGAGACGUUGGCCGAAUCCGUCUGGAUUUCUCCCGACGACUCUUCCAAGGAGCUCGAGGAUUGCGUCUUCAAGUUUGUUGUUGCCAUGGGUUCGGCAAGAUCUGGGAUUCUUGGCGAGGCGACCGUUAACAUGGCUAGUUACAUGAGCUCGGGUUCUUCCAUUUUGGUCUCCUUCCCUUUGAAGAAAUGCGACUAUGGCACUGUUCUUCAGUCAAGGAUUCAAUGCCUAACACCAAUCAAGCACCUCAGGGAUGCAAAUGUGGAAGAUGAAAACACUAUUGCGGAAAAUGAUGCAAGGAAUGACUUGGAAGAUGCAGAAACAAAGUCGGAUCAAGAAACUGACACUGCAUCUGGCAAGAGUGCUGCUUCCUACUGUAGCAGUGACACUGGCUCAACUACGCCCAUCCAAUCCACUCCAGAAAUCGGGGCUAGUUCAUCCACUACAAACUCACCUCGCAGUGAUGACUCUGGGGAAAUAGCAAUAGCAAGGCCUGGUCCAUUCCCUUCAAAUCUGAGCUUAGAGAGAAGAAGAGGCACAGCCAGCACUGGAAAUGGUGCUUCCAGAAUCGCUUACAAAAUUCCAGAUUCAAGAAGCCUUUCCAGGGACAUCCAGCAAGAGUUUGCCAUUAUCUCCAACAGACUUUCACAUUCAGAAAAUAGGGAUACCCAAAACGGUGCCCUAAGAAUCAUGGAUUCUUCACAGACCCUACUAGAGGCAGCAGAGGAAACAAUCGAAGACCUUCGAAGGCAAGCCAAGAUGUGGGAGAGGACAGCCAGGAAGCUGAUGCUAGAGAUGGACUUUCUAAAGAAGGAACACGUGGAGCUCUCAAGGAACCAAGCCAAUCUUGACAUGGAAUUUUCAGAAGCUUGUGCAGAGCGCAAUGGAUUGAGGAAGGAAGUUGAGUUGCUGCAACAAAUGCUGAUGAAGGCAAAGCAAAAGCCACCGCCUUUAGAUGAUUCAAGGGAGGUUACAUUGCAAUUGGUGAAGGAAUUGGAGAAGGAGAUAAAGUUUCAAAAGCAAGCCAAUGGCAAUCUGACAAUGCAGUUAAAGAGGAGCCAAGAGUCCAACAUUGAGCUGGUUGCUGUUCUUCAGGACUUGGAAGAGACACUGGAGAAGCAGAAGGUUGAGAUUGAGAGAAUGUAUGAUAUGGAAACAAGGUUUGGAGAGCUGGAAGAGGCGGUACAAGAAAGCUCGGUGACUAAUGGGAACUUGAAAGAUCAAAUCCUAAAACUACAGGAAUCUGAAAAAGAUUUGUUGAACAAAGUGCAAGAGCUACAACUGCAAUUGCAGGAAGGGAAGCAGAAGAUGGAAGAUGGAUCCCCAGUGCAUGAUUUAGAGGAACAUUUGAAGCUGAAUGUAGAGACUGAAAAUGAUCUUGAGAGUCUGAAAUUGGGACUUGAAGGCAGAGUCAGAGAGCUUGCUGACAAACUCGAUAAAGAAAGAGCAGAGGGCAGAAGACUUGAGACAGAGUUGGCCAUAAAAACAGUGGAAGUUGCGGAUCUUCAGAAGUACAAAAGUGUAGCUGAAGACAACCUUUCCAUUCUUGAAAAGGAGAAAGGCCAGCUGGAGCAAGACCUAGAAACAGUUACAAGAGAAAAUGAGAUAGCUACAAGGUGCUUAAAUGACUUGCAGAAUGAUUUAACAAUGAUAAGUACCACCGUUGAUACUCAUGUCUCUGUCAAUAAGAAUCUAGAAAGAAAAUCGUUGCAGCUGGAACGCAGUAAGCAGGAAUUGGAAAUGUGUUUGUCUGAGCUGAUACAGGAAAAGGAAGAUCUAUCAACACACAUUGUUGAGAUGGAAACUCGCUUAAGAUCUGAAGCAAGUGAUCAUGAAUCUCAGAUGUCUGAUCUUGAACAAGAACUAAAGAACAAAAUUCUAUGUGAAAGCAAUUAUAUUACUUCAGCUCAAGAGCUUGAAAGGCUGAAACUUGAGUUGGAAGUAAAACUCAAUGACCUCUUAAAGCAACUGGAUGAAAGUAAGACCGAGAUAAAAUGCAUGGAGACUACCUUGAAGAGUGAUGAAGAGGAGAUUAGAAAUCUACAGAUAUGGAAAGGUGAAUUGGAAGCCAAGCUUUCUGUUAUUCAGGAGGAAAAGGACCAGCUAGAGCAGAGGAUGGAAGCAAUCAUGACAGAGAAUGAUAUCGCCACAAGGCACUCCAAUGAGCUACAAUCAGAGUUGACCAUGCUUAGAACUAGUGUUGAGUCCCGUGUUGCUACCAAUCAAAUCCUGGAAAAGAAGUCAUCCGAGCUGGAAGAACAGAAGCAUGACCUGAAGCAACAAUUGUCAGAAACCGACCAAGACAAUAAGGAGUUGUUGAUGCGCAUAACCGACUUGGAAACUCAGCUAAGAUCUGAGGCCAGUGACCAUGAAUCUCAGAUUAAAUAUGUUGAAGAGAACAACAAAAAGCUGUUGAUGCAGCUUGAUGGUGACUACACCGCUUCGCUUGAGAAAGUUGAGAGAAUGAGAACGGAGCUUGAAGCAGAAGUUGCGGAACUGAAAACAGAACUUAGUGACAGGAAAGCUGAGAUAGAGAUACUUGAUGCCUGUUUGCAUGCAAAAGAAGAAGAGGUCGGACAGCUGCAAAGGGACAAAAGAGAAUCAGAAGCCAAACUUGUUGAACUGGAGCAGGAAAAAUAUCAGCUACAACAGAAUAUGGAUACAGUGAUGGGAGAAAAUGCUGCUGCUGCAGGGAGAUUGAAUGACCUGGAGAAUGACAACAUGAUGCUUAGAAGCAGUUUGGAUUCUCAUGUCGCUUCUAAUAACGCUCUCGAGACAAAAUAUUCAGAUCUAGAAUACAAGCAGCAAGAAUUAGAGCUCCAGUUGUCAGAGCUAAAGCGAGAAAAGCAAGAGCUUUCUACAUGCUUUUCUGGCUUAGAGACACAACUAAGGUCUGAGGCGAGUAAAAGUGAGGAGCUGAUGGAAAUAAUUGAAGAGAAGGAGAAAGAGCUGAGGGAGGCGUUAAACAGAUAUAAUGACCUGAGCCAAGAGUUGGAAAGUACAAAAGAGAAUAUGAGAGUUAAAGCCUUGGAGCAUACAAGAGAUGUUGGUGAAAAAAUGGCUGAGAUAAAGGGACUGGAGUCUAUGCUACAGAUAAAAGAAGAAGAAAUUGGCAACCUUCAAAUGUGCAGCAGAGAAUCAGAAUCUGAACUCUUGGCUCUUGAGAAGGAAAAGUGUCAGCUGGAGCAAUACAUGGAUACAAUCGUGAGAGAGAAUGGUGAUGCAAAAGAUCUCAUACAUGUUUUGCUAAGUAGCUUUGACCCACAUGCUACUUCCAAGGAGGUUCUUGAAAGAUCGUCCAAUUUGGAAAGUGACAAGCAAGAGACUCAAGGCUUGUCGUCCUGCAUAUUUGAUUUGGAAGCUAAAAUUGGGCUUUUGAAAAUUGACAGGGAAUCGAUACAAUUAGACCUCGAGAACUCCAAGGCCGGUGCCGCAACUUUGCAAGAUGAGGUUGCCAAGUUGAGAAAUGAAAUCGAGGCUGAAAGAAUGAACAUGAAUGGUCAGUUACUACAUGUCAAUAAUGAAUGGUUGAUAGCUCAAGAGGAGAUUGAACAUUUGAAAGAUGUGAAUAAAGAGUUACAAGCCAAAACAGAGGGCUUGACAGAAGAACAAAGCGCAUCACUUAAAGCGAAUGAAGAGUUGCAAGAGAAGAACAUGGAUCUACAAAACCAUUGCAGCCACGUGCAGGAAAAGUUGAAUGGUACUCAAUCAAGCCUUGUUGAGUUCUCCGAGAGAGUAAUGGUCUUGGAAGACAAAAUCGUUUCACUUGAGCAAGCAAGCGCCUCUAAGGUGGAGGAUCUAACUUCAGAAUUGGAUCAACUGCAUGAUAAAUAUGAGGAACAGAUAGAAAAACUCCGGAUGCUAAGUGAGUUGCACUCACAGGAAAUCACGGAAUUUGAAAAUCUUCAACAGCAAAUAGAAGCUCUCACCGAACAACUUUCUGCUGCUCAAGAGGAAAAGCAGAUAGUGGCCUCUCCUGAGCUGCAAGAAAAAGCUAAUCCCAUUAAUAUUUAUGAGAUGGAAGGCAAUAUGGACACUAGGAGCUUGAUGGAUGAGCUUACUGCUUUCAAGGAAAACCAAAAAAGGCUGGAAGCUGACAACAGAAGAAUGUUACACCUGUUGGAAGAGUACAAGUCAUUCGAAGAAAAAUUCAGGACCAAAAUCAAUGAUCUUGAACUAAAGCUUACGGUUUCUGAGUAUGAGCGCCAAGUUCUGAAAGAAGAAGCCGUGAAAUUGAAGGCUCAGUUGCUGAAAGUGGGGCCUGCAUACGAAGAAGUGUUGGAAUUGAGAAGUGAACUGAGUGCAACCAAGUCCGAGAAAGAAAAGCUUAAGACUUCAUUGCAUUUAAUAACUGAAGAAUGCCAACAGCUAGAAGUGGAGAGGGGUUCACUUAGUGAUCAAAUAGCUUCCUUGCAGAAGCUUGUCUCUGAACUAGAGGAUCAGAAGAGGAACAAAGUACUCCUGGAAGAGAAACUGAAGAUUAUGGAGAGGGAUCUCAUGACAAAAGAAGCAUUAUGUGAACGAGACAAAGACCUCAGCAACGAGCUUGGCAAGAUCAGGAACGCCAACAAGAAUCUCCAGAAGAGGAUACAGGAGCUCGAAGACGAGAAGGAAGACUAUCUAGCACGAGCUCGGUCACUCGAGGAAGAGCUGGUAAUGAUGCAGGAAGAACUGUUGAGCCAAAACCAGUCUAGCAGCAUGGAUUUUUCUGACCAGAAGGAUCAAAAAGAGAACGAAAUUGAAGGCAAAAUCCUAGAGAACAACAGUGAACAUACUGCCUCAAUCGCUGGGUCGUUUGAGGAGGAACUAUCCAAGGCUAGGAGUUUAAAAUCGUCACUAAAAGUUCACAGCAAAAGAUUCACGUCGGAUUCAAGCAAAAAGAUGAAAAUAAACGAUUCUCCAAGGAAGCCACUGUCGAACCUGGAAUCGCUGCACAAGGAAAGGACGGAUUGCGCAGAUUCGUCGCUGGAAAGAGAGCUGAGAGACAUCCGCGAGAGGUACUUAGAAAUGAGCCUGAAAUAUGCAGAGGUUGAAGCGCAACGCGAAGAACUUGUGAUGAAGCUCAGGACCACCAGCAAUGGCAAGAUUUUGUUCUGAAAUUGGAGCCGACGAUGAUCAAAGGCCGUCCGUGGUGUCUUGGGGAUCGCAAUAACUUGCCCAGUUUCCAUCAUUUUCUAAUCUUCACUCUUAGAGUCAGUGAGCUAGAAGGAAUAACUAAUAAGCGGGACUGUGGACGGGACUGCAGAACACGAAGAGAGAGAAAGGGUGACCGGGAAUUUUUCGGUAAUUUGUUCGUGUGUAAAUGGAAUGUAAGAAACAGUACAGUUUUUUCUUCGGUUUUUGGUACAAAUUUUGCUCUCCGUCAAGGCUUCCGACUGAAAACGAUUCGACGGUGAAACUUGAACGGGAAAGUGAAUCGUUAUCGCAGGAACCGGGUGGCGGGAGAACUACCCGGCUUAGCUGCUGACAUUUUCAGAGAGAAGCAAGCAAUUGCGACUGAGAGUGGGAAAACAAGUAUUCGUGGUAAUUCGUUAAUAAGCUUGUUUGGGCCUAAACGAUGGUCAGCUAGUAGGCCCACCAAUUGAAUAGCAUAUUUCAAAUGUAUGUGGAUCCGUGUAUAAAUAGUUUUUGGGCUGUGCUCCGAUUAUAAAGGCCAAUACUAUUG